UCGGCGCGCGCGGAGGUUCCCUCUACGAUAUAUUGCCUAGCUGAAUGAAUCGCUAAUUCCUUUGUCUACACGAUAAUUGCUGCGAUCAGUUUGUCUGAAGAGGUGUGCGAUAAGGCCGUGACCUUUGAUUAACUAGAAUGCCGAGAGAUGAUGAGGAGCCAAUUAUUGGCAGUGAUGAUGAGCUGUUGGAUACCGAAGUACUCGCCCCACCCAGAAAUUGGACAUGCGGUAGCUGGCUAAAACUAAAGCGACCCCGCUCGCUGAUUCUAGAGCCCGCCGUAUUUCUGGUUUUCUUUGGUAGAUUCCUAACAGAUGCUGUCUAUCAGAACCAGAUUCUCUAUCAAACCUGCGUCACAGUCAUGAAAUAUAAUGCCACCGAAUGCGAGCCAUUUCUCGGUACAGAUCGUGCCUCCGAUGAGGUUAAGAAGAUCGAGGGGCAAGUUCAGGAGUAUGCCUCCACCAUCACUAUGAUAAGCUCAAUGCUGGAGAGCACCGUUCCCGCCAUAGUAAGUCUAUUCCUGGGACCCUGGUCCGAUAAAUUCGGGAGACGACCUAUCCUGCUGUCCACGUUUACAGGAUACUUCAUAAGUGCCAUAAUUCUGGUUGUCCUUACUCAAAUAUCGGCAGCCACCAAUAUCAGUCCGUGGUGGUUCCUUUUAUCCAGUAUUCCAUCGGUGUUCAGUGGAGGCACUUGCGCUCUGAUCACCAUCCUCUACUGCCAUGUAUCUGAUGUUGCCACCGAGGACAAGAGAGCAAUGAGAAUGGUGACAAUGGAAGCAUCCCUAGGCUUGGGCCUGCUGGCUGGCGGUGUGGCUAGUGGUUACAUCUAUGCCGCCACCGGAGCGUCAAUUCUUUUUAUCUUGGUGGGUUCCAUCAUAUCUAUUGCGCUAAUAUACGUCUACUUCUUUGUGCCGGAGAGUCUCAAGUCUGAAGAUAUGCAAACUGGGUCCCGCAUUCGUGAGUUCUUCCGUCUGGAUCUGGUGAAGGUGCUCGUAAGGACCUGCAUUAAAAAACGCGAGAAUUACGAUCGGGCUAUCAUCUGGUUUGUAAUGAUGUCGCUGACCUUGUGCGUUUUUGCUAUGGAGGGUGAGUCCACAGUGAACUACAUGUUCAUGCGAAAGCAGUUUGACUACACAGUCCAGGACUACAGUGUGUUCAACGCGGCAAAGGUUGUCAUCCAAGUGGUGGGCAGUACCAUUGCCAUGAUCUUGCUGCGUCGCCUUCUGGGAUUAUCGACCAUCAUGAUGACGCUCCUGGCCUUUGCCUGCUGCGUGCUCGAAAGCACGGUCAGGGGCACGGCCGUAUAUAGAAGCGAGCUGUACUUGGCCCUGAUUGUGGGCAUGAUGCGCGGUGUAAUGUCGCCGAUGUGCAAGGCUAUACUGUCGCAUGUGACUCCCAGCUCCGAGCUGGGUAAAAUCUUCUCACUAACCACAUCCCUGCAGUCCAUUUCCCCGCUAGGAGCGGCACCACUUUAUACGGCCGUUUACCAAGCCACAGUUAACUUUUAUCCGGGCAUCUUCAACUUUAUCAGCGUUGGACUUUACUUCCUGUGUUACUGCAUGUCAGCAGCGGUCUUUGGAAUUCAAAAAUCCAUGGGUAGCAAUAGCGCUUACCAGGCUAUAGGAAGUUGAUCUCCUUAAUCAAAAGAUAGUGAAAUCGUUACCAUUAAUAAGCCAAUGUAUCAAGAAGUUUUUCAUUCCGUAUUGUAUUAUUGUAAAUUAGCUAUCCCAAAUAGGCUAAGUCUAGCUAAGUGUAAAUAUCAAGCUCUAGGAAAGGUUUUUUAAAUUAUAAUAUACAAAAUUUACCAAAGACUAAAGGCUAAUAUAUGUAUAGCGAAACAGUUUUCUUAUUUAAAUGGAGUGGCAUUUUCUAAUUCGCACCAUUUGGAUCGGCUUAGAGGCUCUUUGCUUAAAGUUGCUUGUAUCUGUUCUUUUAGCGUAAUUCAAGAAAUGUACACUUUAAAUUAGCACAAAUUCAGUUUGACUACACAAUAUAGUUUCUUUACUUAGAAAUCAUGUACAAUCCCACUAGGCUUAAAAGUUAUAAAAAGUAAUACUGAACAUGAACUUUUCAACUAUAAAAUAUUGUUUUCUGAAUCAUAACAAUUUAAUUGUCCACAAUGGGAGAAAAAUCUUAAUAUUAUCUUAAGACAAUUUAAAAAUACUAAGGGGUAAAAUAUAAAUAAACAAGUCAAACAAGA